AUGUUUUACACGGGCAAGUCAACCGCCUGUCACACCUGCCGCCAAAGGCGGCUCAAGUGUGACGAGGUCCGCCCACACUGCCUCAAGUGCCGGCGCGCCGGUCGGGAGUGCCUGGGGUAUCGCGAUGAGUCGGCCUUCAUCAUCCGGGACAUGACCACUGCCACCAUUCAAAAGUUUGAGCACAAGAGCAGCAACAAAUCUUCCAUCUCGGGGCCCUCAGGAGCAGGUGGCGCGGGAUCGGAAGAUUCUGAAUCGGCGAGCUCCGGGACGUCCCAUGGUAGCGGCGGCAAUGACCACCACAACAACAACACUUUUACACAAUACCACCCAGCGCCCAUAUCGCCUGUUUCGGUAAAGGCUUCUUCGCCAUCUCCUCCCAGAGAUAGCUAUGGCGCCGAGAGAGAUCGGAGGAAAAUCCGGAAGCAAAAGUCAUUUGCCGAUAAUCCGCGAUGGAAGCAAAAACAGGCCAUGGUGGUGAAGCCAGUCAUGAUUGGAUUGCCACUAGAGGAUCGUGCCUUUUGCUAUUUUGCCAACCGCUAUGCGUUUGCUCCAGCGCAGUAUCUGGAUCCGGGGUAUUUGCCCGUAUUAAAAGUCGUGAGCCAGAAGAAGAACAUGGGACCGUGUCUCACGACCUCUUUGUCUGCCGUCUCAUUGGCUGCCUUUUCGACAAAACUAAACGCCAGGAAAGCCAUCCUCAAAGCUCGAUCCGCAUACGCGACUGCCCUGCAAUUGACCAAUGAAGCGAUCCAGAAUCCUGGUUCGUGCCGGGAUGAUGAACUGCUUGCCUCUGUCGUUUUGCUUGCGCUCUUUGAGGUAAUGCUUACAGCCAUGAACAAUCUUCUGACGUAUACAAUCAUGCUCACUGCAAGACAGGUCUUUUGCUCAGACACCAUAUCCGGGUGGAGUAGCCACAUUUUCGGUGCUGCGGCAAUGCUAGGGGCUCGUGGAAAAGUGUCUUUCCGUGACAAGCUGGUCAGAGCCUUGUUCCGCGUAAUCAGCAAUGAAUCGAUCAAACUCAAGAUGCUCGGCGUCCAAACGCCGCAUACCGGCACUGAAAUCUGGCUCAGGUGGCUUAGUGACCCCAGGUAUAUGACUUACAUAACGCCAGAUGGCGAACCAAGCAAUCCGGACUCGGAUGACAUUGUGGACUUAUCAAAAAAUACCGAAGGCUUGAGCCUUGAGGAUGUUGCUUCUCUCAAAGGCUCGGAUGCGGUUGGCCAGGUCGAAUCCGGGCCUGCCGGUACGUUACCAGUGCCACAGACGACCCCAAAUGCACCAGUGGGAUACACUGGGCCACAGAGCGAGGACGAGACAUAUCAUAUUACUCAGGCUCUAAACGAGGCCAAGGGCAUGAUAAUAGCCUAUUCCAUGAACUCGCCACCUGUGCCCAAUCUCGACGAACAAGAAGGGCCAGCUUCCAGCGUAGGCGAAAAUGGCCAGGCACUCAGCAAGUCAAAACCCGUCAAUGAAAUCGACAGGACCUAUCGAAACCUUGCACAAAUCAGCCUGUACGUGGCGGCCUGUACUGCCCGGCUGGUGACGUACAAUGUCAUGGCCAGACUUGCAGCAUCGCUCUCGCAUGCUGCUGCCGACGAAUAUGCCGAGGCAGUGACCAUGGGGAGGAAGGAGAUUUCAGAGAUCCUGAGAAUGACGCCACACUUUUUCCGUUUGAUCGAGGAGACAUCUGUAUCGGGUGACGAUCAAGCCGUGAUACCACCUCGAGGCUCCGAGUCGCCCUCAUCCUCAGACAAUUCUGAUUCAUCCAGCGGUAGUGGUGACGGAUAUGGCAUGACAAAAAAGGCACGAAAACGACUUCCGACCCUCGCCCGAAGUUACAUUGGCUUGAUGAUUCUGUGGCCGAUAGCCACAGCCGCCGCCACGGAUCUUAUCGAGCCCGAGCAAUUCCAAUAUAUCAUGGGAAUGAUGAAGUAUAUAAUAGAUGUGUGUGGGAUACGCAUGGGCACGGGCAUUCGUCAAUUCUGUUUAGAAAAACGAGAAUUGGCCGGUGCACCGUUUGCCGGGUGA